AUGGUUGAGGCCGGGGCCACGCCCCCUCUGCAGCCCGCCGAACGCAUCCUGGGCUUUCUCCCACCGAUUUUCCAGCCCGCUUGCACCUCGGCGAUCUCCGACUCCCUUCUUCAUGGCGUCGCUCCUGUGCUGUGGGCCGAAGCUGGCCGCCUGCGGCAUCGUCCUCAGCGCCUGGGGAGUGAUCAUAUAAUGCUCGGAAUAUUUUUCAAUGUCCAUUCCGCUGUGUUGAUUGAGGACGUUCCCUUCACAGAGAAAGAUUUUGAGAAUGGCCCCCAGAACAUAUACAACCUUUACGAGCAAGUCAGCUACAACUGUUUCAUCGCCGCGGGCCUUUACCUCCUCCUCGGGGGCUUCUCUUUCUGCCAAGUUCGGCUCAAUAAGCGCAAGGAAUACAUGGUGCGCUAGAGUCCAGGCGCGUUUCCCCGCUCCAGCCCCUCCUCUAUUUAAACACUCCCUGCACCGCGUCCCACCCUUGCCCGCGCCCUUUGCGAGACUGGGUUUCCCGGGCGAGACUGAACCCCUUCUUCUCCCAUCCCUGGCGUCGGCCCCCUUAGAGAGGGCUGGGGCUGGGGGGGCUCUUCCCUCUCUCCACCCUUCUCUGCGUCCCGAAUCUCAAUAAAGAGAAUCCGCUCUCUUGA